UAUAUUAUAAAGUUUUUUUUUAUGUUCUAAUGUUUUCUUCAUAUUCUAUGACUUUCAUUGUAUGUUCUAAUGUUUACUUUCAUGUUCUAAUGCAGUUGGUGAUAUUUAUCGUACUCCAGUUGGAUCAUUUAGCCCUGGUGGUACCGCUAAGGAAUGGAUUCCAAGUGUUCCUGAGGAGUUAAAACCCAGUUUAGAGAUGAUAUUUAAAGAUCAUGAAGAGGGUCUUAGUUUUUAUAAAGCAUAUGCAAAUGUCGCUGGGUUUACUUCUAGGAAAUCUACUACUAAAAGGAAGAAGAAUAACAAAGAUAUAAUUGCUUUUCAAUAUGGAGUUUGCAAUAAGGAAGGUUUUAGGGCAAUAAGAAAACCUAUUGCUCAACAAACAGUUUAUGAAGAAGGAAAAGUUCGUAUUACUAAGAAAUGUUUAGUCACUCGUGUAGGAUGCAAUGCUCACAUAUGUAUGAGAUAUGAUGAUGGAAAGUAUGUUGUAACUCAUUUCAAAGAAGAACAUAAUCAUCCUUUAUAUACUCCAAGUUGUGCAAAAUUUCAAAAGGAUAAUAGAAAAAUGCAUAUUAUGCAUAAAAAGUUGAUUGUUGAUAAUUCAAAGGUAAAUGUUGGUCCUGUGAGGUCUUAUACUAUGAUGAAAGAAUUAGCUGGAUCACAUGAUAAUGUUGGUGCAUCUAAACAAGAUUUCAAAAUUUUUUAUAGAGAUUUGAAGGCUUUUAUUGAUGGAUCAGAUGCCCAAAUGUUUGUGGAUAAUUUUCAAAAUAAGAAAUUGCUCUGGAGUGCAUUUUUUUUUCCUUUGAUGUUGAUGAAGAAGAUAGACUUUGUAGAGCUUUAUGGGCUGAUCCUAUCUGUCGAAAAAAUUAUGCACUUUUUGGUGAUAUGGUUUCUUUUGAUACCACAUUCAAAACAAACAGGUGAAUCCUUUCCUUUGUCCACACCGAAAUUAGUGGACAUUUUCUUGGUUUUUCUAACCCUCCUCUUUGUAGACGAUCAAAAUAGAAUACCUAUUUAG